AUGCCGACGAAAAGGGUCCGACAGAGCGAACGGCGCAGAUGCGUCAAAGCCUGCGGCAACUGCAAGCGGCGGAAAGAGCGCUGCGACGGCCAGCAGCCCUGCAGGCGGUGCGUUAUCCGCAGAGUCGAGAGCGACUGUUCCUUCAGCGGUCCGACGACAACAACCUUCCCGCCCGAGGGCUCAGCUUCAUCGGCGAGGAGUCCUCCUCCAACGCAGCAGCAGCAGCGUGUGGCUAUUGACGGAAGCCCGGCAAGUCGAGGAGACAUCUUCCAUUCAUAUGGCUCAACGGCCUCUUUCCAAGAAGCCCACGGCGUCUCGCCGAACCACCACCACAGACGCGCAUCUUCGCAAGUGUGCCAUCUCUCGCCCAACACGGUGGUACCGCAGAUCUCACGGCUCAUUGGCGAUGGCCGCGGCCGCUUCAUGUUCAUUGGCGAUGCCGCCAACCUGGCCUUCCUGAAAGUCAUCCGCCGGCUGGUCCGCGACCGCGUCGGGUCGUGCCCGUUCACUGAUGAUCCCCUGAGACAUCUCAUGGUUGAGGCAACUCCAGAAGGACGCCCGAAAUGGAUCAUCACCAACCCAGCAGAUAUCCCAGCAAAGCCCAGCCCCGAACAGGCAAGGUACCUACUCCGGUGGUACCUGCGGGCAACCAACUGCAUACUCGAGGUAUUUGACGAAGCAGAGCUCUUGAAGGAUCUGGAAAAGUGGCUCCGUGGGGAACCGACGAGUCACGAUGAAGAAGCCAUGAACUGCAUCUUCUUCCUCACGUUCGGCAUCGGGGCUCAGAGAUGUCCUGAUGAUCGAGACGCUGACGCCGAGAAGUAUUUCAACUAUGGACGGUUUCUGGCGGUCUCAUACGCAAUGGAGAAUCCAACGAACAACACCGUCAGCACCUACGUCUUGAUCACCGUCUAUCUCCUUGGUGCAUCCAGGCGCAACUCAGCUUUCAUGCACCUCGGCGUCGCAGUCCGCGCAGCUCAUGCACUGGGUAUACACAAAAGAGACAACUCAUCUCUCUUCCCGAUUCAUGAGCAAGAAACUAGGGAGCGUCUGUGGAAAGCCCUUCGAGUUUUAGACUUGUUUCUUGCGGCUUCAUUAGGACGGCCCUUGGCCACUACAGAAUCCCGGGACUUCUCAUCAACCGACAACCACUCAGCCUCGCUGGAGCUAUGUUCCAUCUUUGAGUCUAUCCUCAACGAUGUCUACGCCAAGCGCAUGGUCACGACAGACACCUUGGAGCGCAUCAGCGAACAACAUCGUCGCUGGGCUGCACGGUUCAGCGAUGGUCUUGCCGCCGAUGGCGUAAAGUCAGGCAUGUAUGUUGAAGCAGAGGAUGGUGAGAAGUACCCCAACGUGGGACUCUACCACAUGAAAGAAGCAUACUAUUGGAGCAUCAUGUUACUUUCACGACCAUUUCUCAUCGACUUUGUCUCAAGGAACAUGGCUCGGUUACAAAACAUGUCAACAUGGCAUGACGAGCCACAGCUCUCAUCAUCAUCUGAUCAACUGCUGGUCCACGCUUGCGUAGACUCGGCAAUCCGCACCAUCGACCUUUUAUCCGGCCUCAUCACCGAUAAGAACGUCUCCAAGCGACAUCCCUUCGUCAUCAACUCGGUGUUCGUAUCGGCUCUGGUGCUUGGUCUUGCCGUGUUCGGUGACCUGGACAGCACCUUCCCGCUUGACAAGAGCUUAGCAGACGCCCAGGCGCUCCUACAACGUCGCAAAUAG